AUGAAUACAAAUAUCUCUUGCUAUGAUGAAAUAGGGUCUUGCGUCGCGCUCAUAUGUCAACAGAUCAUUGAUAACGACGAUAGAAUCGAAUCUGCAAUUCCAGUUCGAGUCGGAUUUGAUUAUAACGAACCAUUUCGAGGCGCACCACAGCAUUGGGCCAUCUGGCUUGUAUUCAGAGAUAGUAUCAGAAUUUUUUUGCCAUUGUCACUUUCUCUUAAGGGUGCAGUAGUCAAUGAGAUGGCCCCUGACACCUUGUACCUCCAAGGCUGGACGAUAGAUCACGAAUUGAUGAAGUGCAGAGGACGAAAGAGGAAACGCAUUGACAGCAGAGAGCAGGUGGUCGAGUAUAUGCAGAGAUAUUACAAAGACUCACAACCUAUACAUUCGAAAUUGAGGUUGAGUCCGGUCCUUUACAUCACAGACGUUGAGAUGCUUUUCUUACAGACAUCUUCUUGGAGGCCGCGCCGUUUUGCCCCGACGUGGACAUUAUACACCACAAUCUUGCAUUCCAGCUACCGGUUUGGACAGCCAUUGAGCCCAAUGUAUGGCAAGUAUACAGAUAUCAAAUCCAUGAUAAAUGCGAUUAUAGAGAAGGCGCCUCGAGUGUCCUUCUUCAAAGCGCCAGUGCAACCUUCUCAGCUAGUCGAGCUCGGUCAUUAUACACUCAUCAAUAGAGUCACUGAUGAACAGAUUCUAACUCGGUCUUCACACCAUCUUGACGCUUCUGGUAUUGGCACCCCACCGAAGCUGGGACUUGAAGACAUUGAAAAGUCAUUCGAACACGAAGAUGUCACUGCUACCUCUAUACAAAACAUUCGCAGCAAAAUUACGCAUGCACUGAAGCUGAGCCUGGUAGAAUCUAUGGAGUUUGUUGACGAGAAGAGAAGAUGCAUGUUUUAUACAUGUCCAGAGUCCCAGGCUUCUGUAGCUUCGUAUUACUGCCUAUACCACUCCAGGGCACUCAUCAAUCAUGCCUCUAAUCUGUCUGGCUCAACUUUGGGCGGGAUUUUGCUCGCAGAUGGCGCCUCUAAGCGAGAGAUAUCUAUCACAGGUGAUACGCGGGGAGCUUUACUACAGCUUAAAAGCCUUUACUCGCGCCCUAACAGAACUUGGAUCAUUGACUUCGAAUUUAUCUCGAUGCCAGCUAAAUACUCGCCAAUUCCGCUGCAAUUUGCGAUUAGACAGCUCGAUGGAAAAAUUCUAUAUGCGGAAAGUGUGGAUUACAGCAUGUCUAUGGGAGAACUCGUAGAAGCCGUCUCCCCAUACGUCUCUAAUAAGCAUAAAAUGAUGGGGACGCUUUUUCUGAGGUGCUAUGGCGGUCUGAGAACGAAUGGCGAUACCCCCUCCAAAAUAAGGGAGUUUGUCAGGACUGUCUGUGGCUAUGACCAUAGUGGCGUACAGCUACUAUCCUGGUUUUCUGCUCAAGACAUGCAAUGUUUCCUCAGGCUACUUACUGGGAAAGAUGUGUUGAUCCACAGCAAGAUUUCUCAUCUAACAUCUACGAAUUUUCAACCAGUCAACAUCGGUGACCUAUGUAGGAAACUCCUACCUAAUCUCCCCUCAAAGCGACUCGAAUCGGUCAGGGAGUACCUCGUAAGAGGCAAAGAAAACAUGUCAUCUCGAAAUUAUCACAAUGCAUCUUAUGAUACUCGUGCAAUGGCAGAUAUUGUGGAGGCUCUUGUACGUUUGGUAUGA